CCUCCCCACUUAUCCAUCAUGUUUAACCUCCUCUCCUCUCCUCUCCUCUCCUCUACCUCCCCCAACUUGCACAAUCUCUCACAGAUCUCUUUCUCUCUCCAUAUAUAUAUGUGACCUUUUCAUUGUACUCCAAAUCCCUAUUUCCUCUGUUUUUCCUCUGCUCAGAACAGAGGAGGGAAAGAGGAAAAUAAAAAUAAAAAUCACUUUCUUAAAUCCUCUCUUCUCAAAUUUUGAACAUUUCCAUGAGUUUCUAUCACUAUGUCCACAGUGGUGUGUCAAGGAUUGCAGUCAUGUCUCAAGGAUUGCAGUCAUGUCUCGAGUCCCAGCUCAUCGAGACGAGGACACUGAGGCUCAAACUGGCUUCACCAAGGCCACACUUGUCUGAAUCCAUCAUAGACACUGCUACAGAGCAACUAGAAGAGAAGUGUCAAUACAAAGAAAUCAACAAGAAGGCUCUGUAUGCCAGUGAAGACCACCUCAUGUCCUCGAAUCUCGAGGUCGGUGGUUGGAGCUUCCUUCAAGCUCUCUCCAACACCACCCAAAGUGAUCCCAAAGAAGAAAUGAGCAAAGAAAGCCCCUAUGUCCCUCCUUUGGGGAAGAGGUCUUCCUCUAUUCUAAGUGAUAAGAGCUUGGAAUUGUGUACCGAGAAUUUGGGUAGCGAAACUGGGACUGACAUAGUUGAAAGCAGCAUUUUCUCCUUCCCUUCAUUGGAUUGCGAGGGUGGAAAGUCUCCAACAAGGGAGCAACCAAAGUCGCGGCAAUGUGUGGAAUCUAGGAAAGUGAGUGCUAGGAAUUUUCCGCCUCCCUUGACAACCAUGAGUAGCGCGAAUCCGGUCCGGAUUAGGCCCCACCGUGAAGGCGGUAGAUUGAUUAUCAACGCGGUGGAGGCCCCAUCGCCGUAUGCUUAUCUUCAAGCUGAGAGAAGCAAUGGCCGUCUUCGGCUAUCCUUUUUGAAAGAUUGUGAUGGUACUACUUUUGACUCGGAAGUGGCCGCCGCCGUAGAAAACGACGAAAGCAGUGAGGAAAAUGAAAAGGGUGUGUUUGAAAAUGAGGCAAAUGAUGAAGAACAAGAGGAGGAGGAAGAAGAAUUUGAAGAGCAAGAAGAUGAUGGAGGAGAAAGUGUUGCAUGUGUGGAGAAGGACAUGGAUGGAAAUAGUAUUGAUGCUGGGGUUGAAAUGGGAGUGGAGAAGUUCCAAAGGCCAACUAGAUGCAAGGAAGGUGGGCGUGGCAAAGAAGGAUUAUGUAAUUGGGAGCCUUUGUGGGUGGCUACAACCUAAAGUUGCAUUUUGGAACUCACCGUAGUCAAAAUUCUACAAUUUUUUGUUUGUCAUUUACCCUUUUUGUCCCCCCUUUUUUCUUUUAAAUUCCCUUGUUCCAUAUAAUAUGCUAAUUGGGUAGUUACUAUCGUUAUUUCUCUCUCUUUUUAUUACUCCCCCUUUGGAGGACUAUGUGGAUUCUAAAUCACUUUGACAGAGACAAGCACGACAAGCACAAUGAUCCGAUGUCUAAGGCAAGAAUCUCAUUUUAUUUUAAGUGAAAUCAUUCGAGAUUCCCA